AUGGCACUUACAAACAUAAAGGGGAGAGCCAUACUUCAGCACGAAUGGGUCGGCUCGACCGGAGUGAUACCACGGCCGCGCAGAAACCUGGCGUGGAACAACCACAGCGAUGUGUUUCGCCGUGCUCUAGACGGCUACAUACCCGGUGAAGAUUACCCGGUUUACACAGAGGUACCUCAAGGUUUAUCCUUCACGUGUGACGACAAGAUACCCGGGUAUUACGCCGACCCUGAGACUAUGUGCCAAGUUUGGCACUGGUGCGUCCCAAGUAUCGGCGGGAACGUGAUGUACUCCUUCGUCUGCGGACCUGGUACAGUAUUCAACCAGAAGACCAGGGUCUGCGACUGGUUCUUCAAGGUGGAUUGUCCAAACGCGCCAGCCUUCUACGGUAUUAACGAGGACCUGUAUAAGGACGAGAGUGGCAACUACAUUAAUGGGAAAAAGUAG